AUGAAAUUAAAGGACAAUUGGGUGUUAUCGCUUCUCGGCCUUUUGGCUAAGAUCAAAGUCUUAGGCUCGGCAGCAAGCGGCGAGCCUAAGACGCUCGAGCAACAACCUCUGCCUUGCACCAGUCCAGUGCGUGGGGACGGCUCGGAGGAGAGUCGCCUACUCGGCACCCCCACCCCCGAGGACUACAACACCAGAGCCACCCUCGCGAGCACCCCCAUCACCCAGGCGACAGGCGAGACCCCCUCUACCCUGGCGGAAAGUCCGAUGGACGCGAUGGCCACUCCAUCUCGCCUGUUCACCCAGGACUGUCCCAGCCAAGGAGGGAGCCUGCAGAACAGCGACCAGCAGGAGGACGCCGUGGAGACUGCACCUGCCAAACUAGAAGAUGACAGCUCGGUGCUCGCCGAGCACACCAAAAAACUCCGGCGACUACUGACAAGGGCCCCUAAUGCAGACAACUGGGCCGAGUUCGGGAGCAUCCUGGACGAUGCCAUCAGCGUGAUAGCCACCACAGUGAAAUUGCCUGAUGCCACUGCUGACGGACGACCGCGGCGAGAGGUCAACCCGCAGAACGCCCAGCAAAUCCAGUCUCUCUACCGCCGCAACCGCCGCCGUGCGGUACGACUGAUUGCGGAGGGCCCCUCAACGCUGUGCCCCAUCCCACCAGACGAACUAGAGGCGUAUUUCAGCACCGUCUGGGCACCAAAGCAGGCCGACACGACGCUUCUAACACGGCGGAUGCCUGCCCCUGGUGAGCUGAGCCUGGCGGCAUUCACGGAGGAUGAGGUGGCGGCACGGCUGCGGCGGUGUGAGAACACUGCUCCUGGUGGCGACCGGCUCACCUACCACCACUGGAGGACCGUGGACCCGGAGGGGAGCUUCCUAGCGGCUGUCUUCAACUGUUGCCUACGACACCGGCGAGUUCCUGCGUGCUGGAAGGCGUCCCGUACGGUGCUCAUCCACAAGAAAGGCGAGAAGAGGGACCCCACAAACUGGCGCCCCAUAUCCCUUGGUAACACGAUUGCCAAACUGUAUGCUGGAUGCCUGGCAUCCCGGCUGCAGGGGUGGUUGUGCGAUCACGGGAUCCUGUCGCAAUGCCAAAAGGGGUUCCUGCCGCACGACGGUGUGUUUGAACACAACUUCGUGCUGCAGGAGCGCCUUGACGCGGCGCGAACAGGUGGUGGUGACCUGUGCGUGGCGUUCCUCGACUACGCCAACGCCUUCGGGUCAGUGGCCCACAACGCACUCGUCGACUCGGUUCGAGGUGCGGGCACUGGGGACGCCUUCGCCAGCAUCAUCCAGGACCUGUACGAGGACAACACGACGGCCAUCAUCAGCGAGGGAGGCACAACAGAGCCGGUCGCCAUCAAAGCAGGGAUCCGGCAGGGCUGCCCACUCAGCGGGCUCCUUUUCAACCUCGUACUAGACCCAGUGAUCCGGGCGGUGCAGGGAGGCCAACGGCAACACAAGAUCCUGGCCUACGCCGACGACCUCACCCCCAUGGGAGGCAGCCCUGCCGAGCUGCAAACAAGGAUCAACGUCGUCACCGCGCUGUCCUCCGGGCUCGGGCUCCAGCUGAACCCAUCUAAGUGUCGGACCCUUCACCUGACGGGGCGGCAGCCUGUGGGCACGAGGCCUACAACAUUCUGCAUCGGGGAAGCAGAAAUCCCCCACAUGACCGACUUCGAGGCGCACACUUUCCUGGGCCGCCCCGUGGGCUACAGGGUCCUGCCCGACACCGCCUGCGUGGACGACGCGAUCGCCCUGGGGAGAUGCCUGCUGUCCUCAAUGCUGGCUCCCUGGCAGAGGCUGGACGCCAUAAAAACAUUCCUCUACCCGGCCCUGAACUUCGCCAUGCGAGUUGGGGCUGUGGGAAAGGAAGAAUGGCGCCGCCUGGACGACACCCUGCGACCCCUCAUCAAACGAACGCUGUACCUGCCAGCAAACUCCUCAAACAAGUACCUCUACGGGAGUGCAGGUGCAGGAGUCGCAGGGAUCCCGGAAGCAGCCGACAUAAGCGACGCGUGCCGCAUUGAUGGUGCGUUCAAGCUGCUCUCGUCGCCAGACAGCGAGGUACGUGACCUGGCACUGCAGGCGGUGACCAGGGUGACUGAGAAGCGGCUCAGGAGACCAGUUGCAGCAGAAGACGUGGCGGCCUACCUAUCCGGAGACACCGAAGGCGACUUCAGAGCAACGUCAACGCAGCUCCAGUCGGUGUGGACAGAGGCCCGCAAAGCCUCCCGACGCGCCGGCGUGACCUGGGAGCUGGUGCCUGAAGGAGCCAGGAUCGCCUGUGGGGGAACUACCAUCUCCCCCAAGCAUCGCCACAAGGUGAUCCGGACACUCCGAGGCAUCUCGACAGCAGCAAACGACAGAGCGCUGCACCAACAACCCAGCCAGGGAAAGGCGAUGGAGUGUGUCGCCGCUGAUCGCGCCAGCUCUCACUUCAUGCGGUCAGGGCGAUACACCCGUUUCACCGACUGGCGGUUCAUCCACCGGGCACGUCUCAACCUGCUGCCACUCAACGGAGCGCGUCCAUGGGCCUCGGCCGUCGACCAACGUUGCAGGGCGUGUGGCUACCAGCAAGAAACCUUGCCACACGUCGUCUGCCACUGCAUGGUCCAGAGCCAGGCCCUGACGCGGCGUCACAACAACAUCGUGAACCGCAUCAAGGCAGCAGCAACGCCCAAGUUCACGGUGACGCACGAAAACCAGCCGGUCGGGGAGUCAAGCCUGCGUCCAGACCUGGUGCUGGCGAGGGGUGAGGAGGCCAUCAUCAUUGACGUCACCUGCCCCUUUGACAACAGACGUGCAGCGCUGCUGGAGGCGCGGCAACAGAAAAUUGAGAAGUAUGAGGCCAUCAAGCAGUACCUGUGCCGCCGCUACCAGCGCGUGACUGUUGCUGCCGUGAUCGUGGGUGCGUUAGGGUCCUGGGACCCAGACAAUGAUGCCACCCUCAGGAGACUAUGCAGCAGGUCAUAUUUACGACUAAUGAAGAAACUCAUUGUGAGUGAGACGAUAGCAAGCUCCAGGGACAUAUAUGCUAGUCACAUUGCUGGGAAGCGCCUUUAGAAUAUGUAUAUUUUCGUCUUUUUAGCAUUGUAUUAGCAUUUUUUUUUUCUCUUAUAACCAGUGUAUAAUUUCCCUAGCUAGCCAAUGUAUAAAAUUCCCACUAACAUUACGACUUGUACAGCUUCCCAUACUCCCUGUAUAUGUAAAUAACAUGCAAUAAAAUCUCUGUUCUUAUCAGCUUAAUAUCUGAUACGGGUCCUAUUUGGACCCAAGAUAUUAAUCUUAUUUUUGGAAUGCGGCGUAGUGCUUGAGGUUUACCUCACCUAUGCCACGGGUUGGCCUGGUAUUGCACUGCCUCCAGGAUCGGCCCACCCCCCUCACGGGGGGAAA